UAUUUUGUUAAAAUAAUCACCCUGGAUUGCUAUAAGAACUUAAAGUCUAGUCUUUAUCUAAAAUUUAAACCUAUGGUGGCUCAAAGGCGAAAAGCGUGUUUUGGGUAACAUCAUUUAUCAGUUUCUGUUGAACCAUUCACCAGAAACUUUACUAUAUCUUCAGGAUGCCAGUACAUUCCCAUAAACAGUAUGUAAAAGCGUUUUCAAGGAUCAUGUUGCUUCUCUUCUUGAUCAAAGUCAAAUUUUUAAAUUAAAAUCCAGUCUGUAUUCCACUAUAUGUAGUCUCAAUUUUCCAAAGAAAUAUCCAAUAAAAAAUGAAGAUGAGAUGCAGUCAUGCUUUUCAUCCUUUUAACUCACAUUUUUUUAAUGCUGUUAGCAAAUUAUUGAUUAGUUAGUACAACAUUCAACCUUCUCAAAAGAGUCGUCAAUAUAGCUUAUAUAGUUCCUAAUUCUCAUUCAUGACAUAUCCUUCUCCAAAAUGAAGAAAAUACCACAUCUUGGGGUGAUCCUAGCUAUCAUAUUUAUCUUCUCUAAAUCCUCUCAUGGCCUAAUAGAUGUCAAUAUUACUCCACCAUUCAUCCCAAACCCUCGACUUCUGAAGGCCUAUAUAGCCCUCCAAGCUUGGAAACAUGCCAUGACCUCUGACCCCAAUGGCUUUGCCUCAAAUUGGUAUGGCCCAAAGGUUUGCAACUACACCGGUGUCUUUUGCGCACCAGCCCCGGAUGACCCUCACAUUACUACAGUGGCUGGAAUAGACUUAAACCAUGCCAACAUAGCUGGUUCUUUACCUGAAGACCUUGGCCUCCUUACUGACCUUGCUCUUUUCCACAUAAACUCCAAUCGCUUUUCUGGCAAGAUACCUGAAAGCUUUCGGAAACUUAACCUUCUUUAUGAGCUUGAUAUUAGUAAUAACCAAUUUAGUGGAGAGUUCCCUUACGUUGUUCUUUAUUUACCUUCACUCAAAUUUCUUGACAUCAGAUUCAAUCAAUUCAGUGGUGCAAUCCCCUCACAGUUGUUUGAUCUGAAACUAGAUGCCUUGUUCUUUAACAACAACAAGUUUCAAUCAUCCUUACCAAAAAACCUUGGUAACUCUCCUGUGUCAGUUAUUGUCAUGGCCAAUAAUGGCCUCACAGGUUGCUUUCCUUCAUCAAGUUUGGUACAGAUGGCAGGAACUCUCCGGCAAAUCAUUUUCAUGAACAAUGGAUUCACAGGGUGUUUGAAACCAGAACUUGGUGCGUUAAAGGGAGUGACAGUGUUUGAUGUUAGCUCUAACAAGCUUGUUGGCCCUUUGCCAGAUGCUAUUGGGGAAAUGAAGAGCUUGGAGCAGCUUAAUGUGGCAAACAAUCAACUAUCUGGUUAUAUUCCAGAAAGCAUAUGUUCAUUGCCUAAGCUGAAGAAUUUCACCUACUCCAACAAUUUCUUCAUUUAUGAACCUUUAAAAUGCCUCAAGUUGCGGGCCAAAGAUGAUAGAAAGAAUUGUAUCCCCUAUAGGCCAUUGCAGAGAUCACCAAUGGAAUGCAAGUCUUUCUAUGCACAUCCAAUUGAUUGUAGUAUCUCUGGCUGCUCGCCUAGAAGUCCACCGCCACCUUCUCCACCUCCCCCUUCUCCACCUCCACCUUCACCACCACCACCUUCUCCACCUCCCCCUUCACCACCACCACCUUCUCCACCUCCACCUUCUCCACCUCCACCUUCACCACCACCACCUUCACCACCACCACCAGUGCAUCUUUGGCCAUGACCAAAUCAAGUUAAAACACAGUUGGGUUUUUUCUUUUCUAUUUCUCUUUUGAGAAGCAACAUACAAUUUCUAUUUGAUGUACAUUUUCUGGAUUGGUGAGAAUAAUUAUGUUGCUGAUCAGGUUUCCAUCUCUUUCUUUGCAUUGCUAUAUAUUUCAUAGCCAAAU